CUGACCCGACAUCAGUCAGCUGACGUUUCUCUCAACCAGCUGUUUUUUUUUAUUACAAGUAGAAACAUGAAUACAUAUUUUUGACUCUAUCACACAACGCAUAUUUUUGUUGUGUUGUUUUUAUUCUUACCACAUUAACCUAAUGUUAGAAAAGGAUAGAUGAUAUUUUUCCAGCCGAGUCCGAGUACAGCCGAAUUCAGUCGACUUCAAGGUUGACACGGCCAAUCAGCCGACAGUUUGCGAAUUUUACACGCGAAAUUGACCAAUAGAAAGUUGAAGUAAAUAGUGUGAAGUUCGUGCGAAUAAUUCCGGAAACCUGUGACAAGACGAGCCAGCAAAAUGAAGCGAGUUUUUCUUUAUCUCGCAAAAAUGGCUGACGCGUCGUCGGCGUUGCGCGCUAAGAAAAUCCCUGAUAGUUUGUACGAGUUGUGUAUUCAUAACGUGGUGAAAUGUUAUAAUAAAAGUAAUAAGUGUUAUCGAGAUGAGUUACGUUCGCUGCCAGAUACCAUACUUAUGGAUGUUUACUUUAAGAUGUACCUGGAGAAGAAGCUCUGUAUCCUGGGCGUGGAGCUGUCCUCCCUUGACACCAUCGAGCGCCUGCUCCGCUUCACGGGCUCGCAGCUGAGGCUGCUGCAGUGCUUCCAGGCGGUGAUCGAGCACGGCUCGAAGCUGUCCACAGAACUGGCCACCAUCUACACCAGCCGGUGCGACGCCGGCAAACACAAAGUGGAGCACCUCAUCAACUUGGGCCUGAGACUCGGCGGGUUCUUGAACGAGGCAGGCUGGUAUGCGGAUGCCGAGCGUGUGCUACAGCGCUGUCGUGAGGUAUGCCAGGCGCAGCCACAGAGCACCUACUACAAACGGCUCACGCUCGAGUGCUGUCACAGGUUAUUGAACACACAGUCGUCUUACUGCUGCUUCCCCGCGGCGGCGGAGACCUAUGCCCUGUCCCUCCAACUGCUGGGCUGCAGCGACUCGCGGGACGAGUCCAAGGGCGGCUACGACGAGGCGGCGCCGCACGCGCGCGCGCCCAGCCGCGACCAGGCCUGCCAGACCGACCCACAGAUGUAUGAAGACUACAUCACCAGCAACUCGCGGGACGAGUGCAAGGGCGGCUACGACGAGGCGGCGCCGCACGCGCGCGCGCCCAGUCGCGACCAGGCCUGCCAGACUGACCCACAGAUGUAUGAAGACUACAUCACCAGCGACUCGCGGGACGAGUCCAAGGGCGGCUACGACGAGGCGGCGCCGCACGCGCGCGCGCCCAGCCGCGACCAGGCCUGCCAGACUGACCCACAGAUGUACGAAGACUACAUCACCAGCGACUCGCGGGACGAGUCCAAGGGCGGCUACGACCAGGCGGCGCCGCUCGCGCGCGCGCCCAGCCGCGACCAGGCCUGCCAGCCUGACCCACAGAUGUACGAAGACUACAUCACCAGCGACUCGCGGGACGAGUCCAAGGGCGGCUACGACGAGGCGGCCUGCCAGACUGACCCACAGAUGUACGAAGACUAUAUUACCAGCUUAGAGAAUCCCCCGCCGGACGACGCUGAAGAGGUGGAGGGCGGGUUCAACGUGCAGCACCAAGCCGUGAGUUCAGCGCGCUCAUGUUCGUGCGCUGCGACUACAGCGCCGCGCACCGCUGGAGCCUGCGCGCGCAGCGGCUGCUGGCGAGGCACACGCCCGUGCGGUGAGUGCACGCGGCCGUGUGAAGGAGUUCAGCGCGCUCAUGUUCGUGCGCUGCGACUACAGCGCCGCGCACCGCUGGAGCCUGCGCGCGCAGCGGCUGCUGGCGAGGCACACGCCCGUGCGGUGAGUGCACGCGGCCGUGUGAAGGAGUUCAGCGCGCUCAUGUUCGUGCGCUGCGACUACAGCGCCGCGCACCGCUGGAGCCUGCGCGCGCAGCGGCUGCUGGCGAGGCACACGCCCGUGCGGAUCACAGUAGAAGUAGUACGAGCGUGCGGUAAAGCGUGCGUUGUGAAGCGCCUCUUCAGCGCGGCAGGCGUGGCGGUGCGACACGCGGUCGGCCUGGCGCGCGCCGCGUGGGGGGCGCAGCACCCGCGCUACGCCGGAGCCCUACUGGACUAUGGGUUCUACCUGCUCAAUAUCGACUCUAUUACGCACAGUGUUGCUGUUUAUGAGGAGGCGCUAGGCACCCUUCGCAGCGUGUUUGGGUCUCGCAGCCUGCACGUGGCAACAGCCCAAGAGGACCUGGCGUACGCGCUGUACGUUCUGGAAUACUCCUCCGGCCGCUUCUACAAGGCGCGCGACCACGCUGAGCGCGCCAUACACAUCAUUGAGAACCUGGUGCCCCCCGACCACCUGCUGCUGGCUUCAGCGAAGCGCGUGAAGGCGCUUAUCCUGGAGGAGAUCGCGCUCGACACGCCCGCCGGGCAGGACCUCAGCGAACCGAGCCUGCUGGAGGAGUCGGAGGCUCUCCACAAGGCGGCUCUGCGGCUGUCCAUGAUGGCCUUCGGCGAGAACAACGUGCAGACCGCCAAGCACUACGGCAACCUCGGCCGUCUCUACCAGAGCAUGCAGAAGUUCCAGGACGCGGAGACGAUGCACCUGAAAGCCAUCGCCAUCAAGGAGGAGCUCCUCGGGCCGGAGGACUACGAGGUGGGGCUCAGCAUCGGGCACCUGGCCUCGCUCUACAACUACCACAUGAACAUGCACGUCGCCGCCGAGACGCUCUACCUGCGAUCCAUCGCCAUCAGCCUGAAGCUGUUCGGCGAGCGGUACUCCGGGCUGGAGUACGACUACCGCGGGCUCGUCAACGUGUUCACGCAGCUCAAGCGCCACGAGCGCGCCGCGCACUACAGCCGCCUGCUGCAGCGCUGGCACGAACUCCGUGAGCAAUCCAAAGCGGAGCAGCAGCAGCCGGCGCUCGGCAACGAGCAGAUCGUGCCGCUGUCGCUGCUGCGAGAGAAACUCUUCGGCGCCAACGACUGAGCGGACCGCAGCGGAGCGGACAUGGGGCUUGACAUCGGGGGAACCGUUCUAGGAACUUCGUCUAAAGCCCGGUCUGUGAGCACGUAGAAUUAUGUCCAAUGACCCCAAGCUACCCAUCCUUAUCGCUCGCGCGUAAUUAUGUUGCUGUCGCGCUCGCACACUCACUGCGGGCGCC